CUAGGGACUCUACAAGCAAUCAAUUAAAAUCGAAGUCUUCCUUUCCGUGGUCCCAUUUAAAACCUAAUUAUGAGGAAUCUCCUCUGUUUUGUGGCCUUGUAUUUUAGCACUGUAAACGUGGACGUAUAGCCAGCAGUCGAAAGCUCAAGAAUUCACGCCUCGAAUAAUACUCGCAGACUCCAAUUGGCGUUCCAGCAACGCCUCCGCCCCUUUGAACCACCGAGAAAAAACCCACAGCUGUAGGAGAGAGAGAGAGAGAGAGAGAGAGAGAGAGGAACGAAGAAGGAGCCAAGAAAAUGGGGGAAGUGAAAGUUGGGGUAGAAGGAAAGCGGCUGUUUGAGGAGUUCUCGGCUGGGUAUUACGGGCUAUGCACAAUUGGAGGAAUGCUCAGCGCUGGGACCACCCAUCUGGCCAUCACUCCUCUUGAUGUCCUCAAAGUUCAUAUGCAAGUGAACCCAGUCAAGUACCACAGCAUCUCAUCAGGUUUCAGUACACUUUGGAAGGAACAAGGCCCUUCUUCCCUUUGGAGAGGUUGGUCUGGCAAAUUCUUUGGAUAUGGGGUUCAAGGUGGAUGCAAAUUUGGUCUCUAUGAAUACUUUAAGAAGCUAUACUCCGGUGUGUUGGUAGAUCAUAAUAAGAGUACAAUAUUCUUUGUCAGCAGUGCAUCUGCUCAGGUAUUUGCUGAUGUGGCUCUAUGUCCAUUUGAAGCUGUUAAAGUCCGUGUUCAAACACAGCCACAUUUUGCAAAGGGCUUGGCUGAUGGAUUUCCCAAAUUAUAUGCUUCUGAAGGACUUACUGGAUUUUACAGGGGACUUUAUCCACUUUGGGGUCGCAAUCUACCAUUCUCUAUGGUAAUGUUCACAACAUUUGAGCACUCAGUGGACUAUAUAUACUGCCAUGUUAUCCAAAGAAGAAAGGAAGAUUGCUCAAGAGCCCAACAACUUGGCGUGACAUGUUUAGCAGGCUAUGCAGCUGGGGCUGUUGGUACUAUUCUCUCCAACCCUGCUGACAAUAUUGUUUCAAGUCUUUACAACAGGAAGGCAGACACCGUGCUGCAGGCUGUGAAGGACAUUGGGCUUGUAAAUUUGUUCACUAGAAGUCUUCCAAUCCGAAUGACCCUUGUGGGCCCUGUUGUAACCUUGCAAUGGUUUUUCUACGACACCAUUAAGGUUCUAAGUGGACUGCCUACCAGUGGAGGGCUUAGAAGGGGUCUAGAAGAAGCUAUCUGAUUUGUGUAUGAUGAUUCAACCAUUUGUGACCAUGGAAAUCUGACACCAGUUAUGAAUAACCGGUGAGUUUGCCCACAGUAAGAUAUUAGCAGUUUGAGAGAUUUUUUCCGGUCACGUUGUGAUUCAAAGGGUGGUUACAAGUUCUAUCUCCAUUGUUUUUUCCGGUCACUUGGUGAACCAUGAAGCUCCACGAUACACGUCAUUUGUGUGAAUUUGCAAUCCAGAUUCAUACAUUGUCAAUUGAUUGAGACACAAAACUUGGUUUGAUUUGGUUAGUUUAGGAAUGGUGUAUACUGUAUAGUCUUGUGCAAGAGCAUUUGUAAACAACAUAGUUUUCCUGGAAAACACAUCAGCGUUCUCUAGUUACGGUGAAAGAUUCUCAAAAGUUUUUGCUAUACAUUCUCUGAUUAUUAGUGUCGCAAUAUUGAGAAUUUUUCGCA